AUGCCUCUUGUUGUGCUUUGUGACACCGGUCACCCUUCUCAUAGCACAGCGUACCAUGACACUAUGAUUUGGUCGCUGCCGCCGCAAUUGGGGCAUGGUGUGCCGCUGCAGCAAAUGGGAUAUCCACCAAGUCCGGACACUCCCAGCCAGAGCCCGCAAGAUCCACUAAGUCAACAGCGAGCAUGUCUCGAUUUUUUGUCAGAGAGCUUCACCAAAAACCAGACGACGGUAGAGCGGCAGGUCAGGGAUAUUCGUGGAUUGAUGGACAACUCCGACUGGCAAAGACAGCGCAUUGCAGAGCUGGAAGCCAGAAUCAAAUCAGGUGGAAUGUUUGCGGACGUACUCCGUCGAGAGAAGGACAGACUGGAGAGGGAAACUGUCGACCUCCGUUCAUCGCAAGAGGCGAAUUUCCACGCGCUUGAGCAGCGCCAUGUCGAUAUCCUCGCCCAAUCUAAAGAAGAAGCAAGCUCAGAGGCGGUACUAAAGGCCAGAGAGUACGAACAAGAGGUGGAGAAGCUCAAGAGCACCGUUGAAGAGGCACAGGGUUCGCAUACCAACGAGAUUGGCCGCCUCACCACGCGGAUCGGCUUGCUAGAGAAGGAAAUCGCCAACACCGCAGGCAUCAUUGCUGGGUUGGAAGACAACAGCGCAGCACUGGAAGCGAUCAAUGAAGAUCAUGUACGCGUAGCUUCCGUCCAGGCUGACAACAUUGAGUCUCUUCAGCUAGCGCUUGACAUCGCCAACAGCUCUCUCGAUCAAGCUCAUACUGAGCUGGAAAGCAAAGCAUGGUUGCAAGGCGAGCUUACUGCGGCGGAGCUCCAGAUUAUUGACCUGAAUGAGGCCAAUGAGAGUCUCGCUACGAAAAGAAUGCUUGACAAAAUCAUAUUAAAGCAGGCCGAAGACGCUCGGAAUAUUGCUGAUGAUAAAAACGUUCUCCUCCAGGCAGAGAACGACGAACUUCGUAGGAAGAACAUCCUGUUUGAGCAAGCMGAUUUGGAGGCGAUGAAGCUUCGCAAGGAGGUCGCAGGAACUCAUCAAAAGCAUCAGCUCCGCGAGCAAGAGCUCUCACAGCUGAGAACGGAGCACCUUUCUUUGACAGCUCAKGUCACUGCAAGCCGGAAGACCCAGAAUGAGCAAAGCAGUGAACUCUCUGAGACCAAGGCGCACCUUGAGAAGCGUGUCGAGGAGAUCAAAGAGCUGCAGGAGAAGCAUCAAGGUCUGGCGAGGGAGUUGGAACACGGCCAGCAGAAAUCUGCCAGCCUUGACAAAGCUUUGCAGGCAGAGAAGGAAACUGUCAUGAAGGGAGAAUUGAAGAGGAUGAAAGAGCAGAAAUGGGCCGCUCAUCUGGAUGGAAAGCUCAACGUCGCAAAAAAUGCAUCCAAAGCAGCAGACAAGAAGCUAGUUGAUCUCCAAAAAGAAAUGGACACAAAGGUAGCUGAAGCGAGGGAGCAACAUCAGCAGCUAUUGGCAGCUUUGGUGGAUGUCAAGGAGGCCGAAGGCAAUUCGACGAAGCUGCUCCAAACCCAGCAAGCGACUGAGGACAUGCUCCUCAAGACUAAUACCGAUCUCGAGCAGGCCAAGCAAGAUCUCGACAAAGGCUCGGCCAAGAUCAAGGAGCUUGAUAAGCAGCUUGAGAUCAGUCAGAGAGAGCCCGAAGAGCUGAGACGAAAGCUGGAGGAUGCCCGCGAGGAGCUUAAAGAGUGUGGUGAUAAGCUUCGGAAAUCUGAGGAGGAGAACAAGAAACACUCGGAGUUUCGGACUAAGUACGGGCAAUUGGGAGAGCAAUUCGGAAUAGGUUUGCCCAUAUCUGGCACGAAGCGCUCGCACGACGACCUCGAGCACGCCAGGGAAUCGAGCAGUGAGAGUAGCCAGCCGCCUGCUAAGAGGCCACGCACACCAGACUCUACUGCGGGGGCGCCGCAGCGUUGGGACGAUCGCUGUUCAUAUGGCGGUUCGKGGGGCUCGGGACGAAACCCCAAUCGGUCACCACUUGGCAACAAGUCGAGGAGAUAA